CCUUACACGCAUGCUCACAGCGUUUAGCCAAUCAACGAAGCUCCUGGUUGAGCCGGCUCCGGUUUAAAUUCCGUUACCUCAGAAGCAGAGCUGUUGGCUGAAGCAGACUGGAGUUGUGAAUGUGGUCACUUGUUGCAACGAAAAUAUACAGUUAUGUUUCCCUAUCCACGAAGGGAUUCUGAAGAGCCUGAAAGCACACCAGUGGAGGAAGAGCCCUCAGUUUAUAACUUUGAGGAUGAUGAUCAAGACCUCGGUGCUUCACAGCAGAGUGAUAUUCAAGUACAGAGUUCAGCAAGUGAUUCACAAGGGAAGAAAAGUCCUAUAGAACUGUUUGUAGAUGUGGGGGAAAAGGUAGAGGUUGUUCUUGGAAAAAUUGGAGCUGACAUUAACCGUGCUCUUAAUGCUAAGAGACAAAGAAUGGAAACAGAUAUCAAAGAGUCUUCUGAAGGAAUUGACCAGAAAAUGAAACAAACUUGGAACUCAUAUGAAGACGCAUUGGCAAAGCUUAAUGAAGAAUCUGCUCAGUCAUUUAUGGAUCUGUUUGAGCAAUGGAAUUUGGAUUUGCAGAACUUGAAAGAAAAACAGAAAAAAAUAAUGAAUGAUUUUCAACAAGAAGUAAGGAUGUUUCAACAAUAUAGGUUUGUUCAGAACCAGAGACUGAGAACAAUUAAACAAGUACAUGAACAGUUCUUAAAGAAUUUGGAAGAGUUGGAGAAGGAGAAUGACAAUAUGCUUCUUGGUAUCCAAAAUGAAAUUAAAGAACAACUGAAUAAGCUGUGAAGAAAAAUUAUCAAAGAAUCUCAGCAGCAAGAGAUGGUUAAUGUUCGACAGUCUCUUCAAUCCAUGCUGUUUUGAUGGGAAGAAUAUUUGGAGAAGGAACCUAAACCUAAAUGAUACAGUUCAAAUGCCAGCUAAGAGUCAUGCUUUAAGAUCAAUUCUAGUUUAAAUGGCAAGGUCUUUAGUCAUUAGCUUGUUUACCUUGUCCUACUUUAUUUUUAAUAAAAUCCAGUUAUGUCAGUAUCAACUAUGCCUGUAUGUCAAGGUUUUAAUUCUUUUGUUACAGUGAAUUUUUCUUUAUGAAAUUGUUAAUAUUUUCAAUAAAAAUGAUUUGUUUGGA